AUGUCCCAUCUCUCGCCCGAAACGAUCUUCUCUCCCACAGUUGCCCGCCAGCAACUCGCAGCUGCCAAAGAUUGGUCAUAUAUUGAUAGCUGGCUCUCGAUCAAGUUCGCCAGUCAGGCCAUUCCAUCCUUCGAACGAAAUCCUUCUACGCUCAAAGCGCUACUCUCUCUCGCCUCACUUAACGAAACUGCAGAUGAGGAACAGGAACUCUUAGCUCGAUCGCGGGAAAAGGCUCUUACCGCCAUACAAACCUCCCUUCAAAACGACGCAAAUGCCGAGCUUUUACAUACCCUGGAAGAUUCCCUCACUCCAGAAGGUCAAACCUCUCUCGAGACCCUCGCAUCCUUAUCGACGACCUUCAACCUAUCCACUCCCUCCCCCGAACUCAUCGGCCACAAACUCCUCUCCUUACAAACAACAUCCUACACACUUUCUCAAGCCAGCUCCCGCGUAGCUACCCUCCAGCGCUCUCUCACCACGGAACUGACCAACCUAAGUACCCUCAUCGCCUCUCUCCAAUCUCCCUCUUAUCAAGCCCCCGACGACCUCCCUAAACAAACAGUCGACCUCCAACGCAAAGCAAAAAUCCUCAGCAGCAAAUUGCCCGAAAUCCGCGAGCGCAUAGCUACUCUAUCAUCUUCAUCCAAUACAUCUACUCCGAAAGUAACUGUUGAGACUAUCAAAGCCGAAGAGGAGAAAUUCAAAGAGUGGUUAAAGAGAGUCAAGGAUUUGGAGACGCAGGUCAAGGCAUUCCACGGUUUACCACAAGAUAUUGAUUUGGCCAGACUGGAACUAGAGAGUUUGAGAAUGGAGUUGAGGGACUUUACAAGAGAAAGAGACGGGUUAUUUGAGGGACUAGUGGAGAGAGAAAGUCCCAAAAAGAGCAGACGAUAG